AUGAUCGCUACCUCCUCCCGGCUCCUCGCCGCCACGGCCACGCUGGCGACCCUCAUCCUCCCCACCCGCGCCGCCAACUGGACCCGAUCCGCUAGCAUCCAAGGCAGCGACUUUUUCACCACCUUCGACUGGUUCACCGACAAAGACCCUACCAAUGGUCUGGUCAACUAUCAGUCCCUCUCCUCGGCGCAAUCCCAGAACCUCUCGUUCGUCGAUGGCGAGGGUCACUUUGUCAUGGCGGUCUCCACUACGCCGGUUGCGCUCGAAGGGAGGAACAGCGUGCGAAUUACCUCGAAGCAGAGCUACAGCGACGGCGUCUACGUGGCCAACGUGACGCAUGUUCCGUUGGGCUGUGCGACCUGGCCUGCGUUCUGGACCGUCACUGAGAACCUCAGCAGCUGGCCGGUCGGUGGUGAGAUCGACAUUAUGGAGAACGCCAAUGAUGAGUACAACGGCAACUUGGUUUCGGCGCACACGAGCAGUGUGUGUACUAUCCCGAGCAGCAACGCGGGGGAAACAGGCGUGGUAGCGUAUACCAACUGUUCCGCGUACGCACCCACCAAUCCGGGCUGUCGCGUCGAAGCCAACGGCACAUCCACCCCGACCUGGGGCAAAGCGCUGAAUCGUGCCGGCGGCGGAAUCAUCGCUAUGGAACGCUCCUUUGGUACCACCGGCAAAGGCGUGCGUGUAUGGUACUUCCCCAACUCCUCCCCUUCCUCCCUCCCCUCCGACCUCGCGUCAUCUUCCACGCAAGUCAACACAGACAAUUGGGGAACACCAAACGCAUACCUCCCCAUCACAGACUGCUCCUCCGACUUUGGCCCACACAAGAUCAUCUUCGACAUCACGCUCUGCGGCGACUGGGCAGGCAACAGCUACAAUCAGAGCGGCUGCAAUGCUCAGUAUCCCGCCUGCAGCUACCAGGUCGGAUACAACGGGUCGAGCUUCAAUCAGAGUUAUUGGGAGGUGGAGAGUUUGAGGUUGUUUACGGAAGGUGGGGGGGAUGCGAAUGCGGGGAAUUCGGCGAGGACGGCGGUAAGCCAGCAGAGCCAGUCGGAUGCAAGGAGGGGAUUGAUGGUGGGCGAGCCGGUGGCGCUGGGAGCUGUGGGGUGGGCUGCUAUGGUGCUUGCCGCGGCGCUAUAG